AUGCCCUACGGGAAAAAGGCAUGGCAUACAAUUAAAACCAUGGUUAACUUACCAGUCAUCAGCCCCUUCAAGAAACGCUACUCAUGGGUGCAGCUGGCUGGGCACACAGGGAGUUUCAAGGCAGCUGAUAGUGGGAAGAUUCUCAAACGCUUCUCAGAGAAUGAAAAGGAGUGUUUUGAGCGAUUGAUGAAAGACCCACUACGCUCCUGUGUCCCUUGCUUUCAUGGUGUGGUGGAGAGAGAUGGCGAGAGCUACAUUCAGCUGGAUGACUUGCUUACUGAUUUUGAAGGGCCUUGUGUGAUGGACUGCAAGAUGGGAAUCAGGACAUACCUGGAGGAAGAGUUGACGAAGGCCCGUGAGAAGCCAAAGCUGCGUAAGGACAUGUACAAGAAAAUGAUUGAAGUGGAUCCUCUUGCUCCCACACCUGAAGAGAAUGCCCAGCAUGCUGUCACCAAGCCCCGAUACAUGCAGUGGAGGGAAACCAUCAGCUCUAGUGCUAACCUGGGCUUCAGGAUUGAAGGGAUUAAGAAGGCAGAUGGAACAUGUAACACAAACUUCAAAACUACAAAGACUCAGGAGCAAGUUCUACAGGUUUUUGUGGAAUUCAUUGAAGGCAACACAACUAUUCUGAAAAAAUACCUCAAGCGUCUGCAGGAAAUUCAUCUCAUUCUUGAAUCCUCAGACUUCUUCAAGCGACAUGAGGUCGUUGGAAGUUCACUACUUUUUGUACAUGAUGGCAGUGGGAAUGCCAAUGUGUGGCUGAUUGAUUUUGGAAAGACCACCCUUCUCCCUGAUGGGCAGACACUGGAUCACAGGAUCCCCUGGCAAGAAGGGAACAGGGAGGAUGGAUACUUGUUGGGGUUGGACAAUUUGAUUGGCAUCUUGGAAAGCAUUACUGAAAGAUGAGCUGAGAAUGGCACAAAACUUGCAGGGCUGCUCUGUAACUUUCUGCUCUACUGGAAUCAUGCAGUUAGAAGGAAACCUUGAACUCCCUCCAAACUCCUGAGGACGUCCGUGCAGAGGGAGCUGCAUCCAGAACCUAGCAGUUAAUGAUCCAAAUGACUUUGCAUCGACCCUCUAUGAACCUAAAUAACUCCAGCUUGGUCUGUGUUGCACCAGCCUAAGUUCAGACUGGUCCUCAGCAAGUGAAGAUCUCCACACUCAGGAAUCACACCAGCAUGAGUCAAGAGGUCUGUAUGGUAAACCAGAAUGAGUCUGAUUUCUGGCAAACAGAUGGGACUCCAAAUGGGACUUCUCCUCCUAGUGAACCAGAGCAAGUGCUUGGGGAUUCAGGGUAGGGAUAACAGGUUUUCAGGGAACUGCACUGUUUUCAAAUCAGCAGGAGUGUUUCCCCUCCCUGCCGCACCCCCCCUCCCCUUAAUUCCAAGUCGUCUUGCUCCUGAUUACACUAGAGGUUGGACCAACAACUUCUGCUGCAUUGUGUUACAGCAUGCACGAGGUGGAAAUGGGUGAUAAUCUCAAGAAACCUGGAAUAAAGGGAGACAGCAGUUUGGAGUGGCUGGAUGUGGUAACUGCUGUUGACCAUUCCUCCGCUUCCCUGCCCAAGCCUCAAUUCGCUUUUGUCCAAGAACAGCCUUUGCUUUUUAUGUAGCCUCUCAGGAGAUGACAAAUACUCUAGGGAGAGAAUAGCAGCCUGUUGUCUCCAAAAACAUUUUACUUUCAGACUUGGUGGGCUGUUGGAAAAGUGCCUAGCUUGGCAAGUUUGGCCUCUUGCAGCUGAACUGGAGUUCUGAAAAUCAGCAAUGGCUCUUUCACACACAGACCAAGGAACUAAGGGGUUUUUUCAAGGCUUGUUUAUUUUUAAAGAUAAACCCC